CUCCCUCCCACCCUCCGCCGAUCAUCUCUCUCCGUCUGUACCUCUAUUCCUGCUCCACUAGCCCAAUCAUGGACCUCGCAGCGAGGUGUGCGUUCCUGCUCUCCAGCUUCGCCGUGCUCGCAGCGCUCGAUUUGGACGCGAUUGAUCCCGGCUACUAUGUGGAGACCAGCAGCCCAUCAGAUGUGAUCGACUAUAAAGAUCCCUGCAAAGCUGUGGCUUAUCUUGGAGACAUUGCGCUGGAUGAGGAAGAUAUGCGCAUGUUUAAAGUGGACCGCAUUGUGAAUUUAGCCCAGAGAACGGUCACAAUUCUGAAUCACACCGAUACGGGUUCACUUUCCAAUGAGACGAGUCCAAACAAUACGGCAUCCAGUGUGGGAUCCCAUCGCAGGAAGAGGGCAGCAACGUCCAGACCUGAGAGGGUGUGGCCUGAGGGUGUCAUUCCUUAUGUCAUCAGUGGGAACUUCAGUGGUAGCCAGAGAGCCAUAUUCAGACAGGCUAUGAGACACUGGGAAAAACACACAUGUGUGACGUUCAUUGAGAGAACAACAGAGGAGAGCUACAUCGUCUUCACCUACCGGCCGUGUGGGUGCUGUUCGUAUGUUGGCCGGAGAGGAGGGGGUCCACAGGCUAUAUCCAUCGGGAAGAACUGUGAUAAGUUUGGAAUUGUGGUGCAUGAGCUCGGUCACGUUAUCGGAUUCUGGCAUGAGCACACGCGACCCGACAGAGACGAUCAUGUCAGUAUUAUACGGGACAACAUUCAGCCAGGACAGGAGUACAACUUCCUGAAGAUGGAGCCUGGUGAGGUGGACUCACUCGGAGAGGUCUAUGACUUCGACAGCAUCAUGCACUACGCAAGAAACACCUUUUCCAGAGGGAUAUUUUUGGACACCAUUCUGCCAAGAUAUGAUGUGAACGGAGUUCGGCCGCCCAUCGGUCAGAGGACCAGAUUGAGCAAAGGAGACAUCGCACAGGCACGCAAACUUUACAAGUGUCCAAGAUGUGGAGACAGUUUGCAGGAGAGUAGUGGGAACUUCUCUUCUCCUGGUUUUCCGAAUGGUUAUUCAGCAUAUAUGCACUGCAUAUGGAGAAUUUCAGUCACACCAGGAGAAAAGAUCAUUCUGAACUUUACAUCUAUGGAUUUAUACCGGAGCCAUUUGUGCUGGUAUGAUCAUGUGGAGAUCAGAGAUGGAUAUUGGAGGAAAGCACCAUUGAAAGGCCGAUUUUGUGGGGAUAAAUUACCCGAGCCGAUCGUCUCUACAGACAGUCGCCUGUGGAUUGAGUUCCGCAGUAGCAGCAACUGGGUGGGAAAGGGCUUCUCUGCUGUUUAUGAAGCUAUUUGCGGUGGGGAGGUGAAGAAAGACAAUGGUCAAAUUCAGUCUCCGAACUACCCAGAUGACUACAGACCUAACAAAGUGUGUGUGUGGAAGGUCACUGUGACUCAGGGCUACCAUGUAGGCCUUACCUUCCAGUCUUUUGAGAUUGAGAGGCAUGAUAACUGCGCGUACGACUACCUGGAGGUUCGAGAUGGGAACUCAGAAAGCAGCCCGCUGUUGGGCAGAUUCUGUGGUUAUGACAAACCUGAUGAUAUUAAAUCCAGUUCCAACCAGCUCUGGAUGAAAUUUGUGUCUGACGGUUCUGUCAACAAAGCUGGAUUUGCUGCUAAUUUCUUCAAAGAAAUGGACGAGUGCUCCAGACCCGACAACGGUCGCUGUGAGCAACGCUGUGUCAACACGCUCGGUAGUUACAAGUGUGCCUGUGACCCUGGUUAUGAACUGGCGGCGGACAAACGGAGUUGCGAAGCUGCCUGUGGUGGUUUCAUCACCAAGCUGAAUGGGUCCAUCACCAGUCCAGGCUGGCCCAAGGAGUAUCCGCCCAACAAGAACUGCAUCUGGCAGCUGGUGGCGCCCACGCAGUACCGCAUCACCCUGCUCUUUGACGUCUUCGAGACUGAGGGGAACGAUGUGUGCAAGUAUGACUUUGUUGAGGUGAGGAGCGGACUGUCUGCCGACUCCAGACUGCACGGGAAAUUCUGCGGAGCUGAGAAACCGGAGGCCAUCACCUCUCAGUACAACAACAUGCGCAUAGAGUUUAAAUCUGACAACACUGUCUCCAAGAAGGGCUUCAAGGCCCAGUUCUUCUCAGAUAAAGACGAGUGCUCUAAGGAGAACGGUGGAUGUCAGCAUGAAUGUGUGAACACCUUCGGCAGCUACAGUUGUCAGUGCAGAAGUGGCUUCGUACUUCAUGAGAAUAAACAUGACUGCAAGGAAGCCGGUUGUGAUCACGUUGUGAACAGCGUGAGUGGGACCAUCACCAGCCCCAACUGGCCAGAUAAAUACCCCAGUAAGAAGGCCUGCACCUGGGCCCUGUCCACCACUCCAGGACAUCGGAUCAAAAUAGCUUUCAAUGAAAUCGACAUGGAGCCUCAUCUGGAAUGUGCCUAUGACCACAUUGAGAUUUACGACGGUCGGGAUGGGAAAGCACCAAGCCUCGGACGCUACUGCGGCGCCAAGAAACCUCAACCAAUCAUAUCCACUGGAAACAAGAUGUUCAUCCGCUUCUUUUCUGACAACUCAGUGCAGAAGAAAGGCUUUGAGGCUUCCCAUACUGCAGAGUGUGGAGGCCGUCUGAAAGCGGAGGUGAAAACUAAAGACCUCUACUCUCAUGCCCAGUUUGGUGAUAAUAACUACCCCGGGGCGUCAGACUGUCAGUGGGUGAUCACAGCAGAGAAGGGCUACGGUGUGGAGCUCAUCUUCCAGACCUUCGAAAUUGAGGAGGAGGCCGACUGUGGCUAUGAUUACAUGGAGCUGUUUGAUGGGGCGGACACCAAAUCACCCAGACUAGGCCGCUACUGUGGAUCAGGGCCUCCAGAGGAGAUCUAUUCUGCUGGCGACUCCAUCGUCAUCAAAUUCCGCUCAGAUGACACCAUCAAUAAGAAGGGCUUCCACGUGCGUUACACCAGCACCAAGUUUCAGGACACACUCCACUCCCGUAAGAAGUGACCCCUAGUGGCCGGGAGGGGCCGUGCAGGGCCUAGGGGGAAGCGAAAGGGCCCCAGGGGGAGGGCCUCGCCUAUUGCUCGGAGCCCCCCGGCCGCCAAGAACACCCAGACUCGACGGACCAGCCGCAAGAACGCCAACCGCACCUCAGUAGUUCACAGGGGUUCUGGCAUCCCCUACUGACUGUGAGGAGUAAAGCCAUUCCGCAGUAGACCUUGUUUUUACCUUUUUUUAAUUAUUACAUUGAGGGCAAGAUGUGGAGGGGGGAGGGGGGUGGAAUGUAUUCAGUUGCUGGAUACCAAUAUAGGGGCGAAAUCGAAAGGGAUUAUUGUAUGGGAGGGUGGGUGUAGUUGAUCGGCUACUGGAAACCCCCCCUUUUUUCAUCUUUCAUGAGCCAAGAGUGCGUUUGAAAAACACAAAUACACUGAGGAACUCCUGCAGGAGAACCGAGCAGUCAACCAAACCAGUCAUCUGUGCAACAGUUGGAUAGAGGAAGUGAGAAAUGAGUGGAGCAGGGCAUUCGGGACGGGGUUCCUCACAGGUUUUCCAACCUUGAAACGUGAGAUUUACCGCUGCACUGUGGGGAAACAACCGUCUCUUCUUGACAUUAUUGGCAUUGCUUGUUCAUAAAGAGUCUUGUUGGCCAUUGUGGGCCGGUUUCUUUGUCGUUACUUGAGCAAAUGACACUGUAUGUCAAAGAGAUGCAUGUGGUACAGCUAGAAGGAAAUGUGGACGUGAUGGCACCAGCAUUUGUAAUAACUCGCUUUUUCCUGGCCAGUAGUCCAGAAGGUUCCCUGCCCGAUAUUAUCACUCUCCAGGAGGUUUUCCAGAAACAGUUAUCAUAUUAAAAGACUAAUAAACGAAACGUGGCCCAUGUCUGAUGGCUGUUAAUUGCUUUUGCAUAAAAACAGAAAGGUGGAAAAUUCAAAAUUCGCUUCAGUUGUCCUUAGUUUAAGCACACAUCUUUCCCAAGGUCCUGAUAAUAUGCUUCUGUCCUCGUAACGCUCAUUCUGUGCUUUGCCAAUCAUGAACAAAUUAGGCACAAUCACAUGAGAAUUGGUGGGCACUCUUGUGUCCUGACACCCCAACGCUGUUUUCUAAUAACACUUACUAGCCUUUUUCCUCUUUCUCAGGCUCUUUCCUUGCAGUCCAUAUGACAGGAAAUUUCACAAUUCUUAGUUGUUUUCGUAACAAAUGUCAUAGUGUGAAAGCUGCGUAUAUGGACCUUAGUCAGGGAAGACUUCUAAAAACUUGAAAAUAGACGUGAUCUAUGACUUUAAAGAGGUAGUUCAACCAAAAAAUGAAGAUUCUGUCAUCAUUUACUCUUGUAUGGCAUUCUUUCUUCUGUGAAGCCAUUUGGAAGAACUGUUUUGUCCAUAUAAUGGUCCAAAACAACAUAACAUUGGACAGCAUUGACUUUCAUUGUAUGGACAAAGAUUGUAUGUUCUUUUGUGUUCUGCAGAACAAAGAAGUGUCUGGAAUGACUUGAGGGUGAGUAAAUGAUUUUUAGAGAGUAAAAACUAUUGAACAAUCCGCACAAGUGUCCCUCACAGUCUUGUUUUCAUUCACGUCAGGUUAAAUAUGGCGUCUACUCCGACUAAGGUCCGUUGUGUGUGCAGCAAUACGAUUCGAGUUAAAACCUGAAAGAAUUGUCCUUUUUAGCAGUCUUAAGGUGCCCCAUUGCUAGAUAGGUGUUUUUCUUACAUUGUUGACUAUGGGAAAAACUGUUAAAACUGUUGUAAAAUGUUAAUUUGUACCAAUAACGUACCUCAGCGUGUGGGAGAGUGGUGGGAUGGUGCUAUUUCAAAUGAGCCCUGCAACCCCGGUCAUGUCGGUCACCUGAAAUGGCUCUUUCUCAAUUGACGUCCAAUGUCAGUUGGGAAAAGAGGACGUUAGAUGUCAAGUCUGUGCGGAAUAGUGCCGAAUAGUCUGGUCCCCGGGGUUGAUUUUUUUUAUCUGAAGUGUUCCCGCACUCCGUUUCCAAGUAUGCAGUCGACAUCACUGCUCCCUACCUCUCCCUCUCUCUCCUGCAGAGCUCCUUCAAAGGCUGUUGACUUUGUCUCCUCCGUUUCAACAGCUCUUUUCAUCAUAUGAUAUCAUUUCACACCUGUUUGCCUUUGUGGAUUUACCUAAAGCUCCUUUAAAUCUCAGGUUCAGGAUAUCUGAUUGUUGUUCCCCAACCGAAUCAUUUCAAGACACUAGAUUUUAAUCGUUUCAGGACUUGGUUACUGUUUGACUUUGGUGUAUGAAAUCCAGGAAGGCAAAUGAUGAGGAUUAUGGUUUUUAGAGGAAACAUUUCGGGGUUUUAAAAGGUUUUAGACGUUUCUGCCAAUGCCUUCCAUUUGAACUUUGAAUCAGUUCACCUCAAGCCACGUGUUCACCUCAAGCCUCUCAAUAUAUGUUCUUGCAAGCUAAGGAUGGUUACGCUUACGCUCAAGAUCAACUAACUUAUAUCCUAGUUCUUCAAAUGGAUUUUAUUUUGUGUGUCCAAGAGAACGUCUAUAUCCAAUUUCGCAUCUCUGUAUUUGAAUAUGCUUCCUAGCAUAGCUUUGUAGAGUAGUGGAGCACUUGUACAUUUUGCUAAGCAAAGCACAUUCUCCUAAGCAUUAUUAAUGUUUUAAAUGCCCAUGUUAUUUCCUGUUAGAAAUAGUGUUUUGUGGCCGAAUGCGGGCUUCAAAUGAUCUGUUUGAUUAUGAAACGUUACCUCAGCAUAAUAGUGUAUGCUUGAUCUGUUCACCCUGACCGGCCUUCCCACACAAGACUUGGUACAUGUUUAUGCAUUUUAUCAUAUGUAUGUAUGUAAAUAUGUAUUAAUGUAUUCAAAGUACACUAAACCAUAGAUAACUUGAUGAGAAGUAAGGCUAUGUGUAAUUGCAGACAAAAGAUGCAAUUUAUUUAUAUUGUAUAGCUAAUUUUCACCUAUGUAUUGCACAUAGUGUUAACAAGUGCAUCUAUUUCAUAAAAUGUUAUUUUCAUUUUGAAAUGCUUCAUGUCACAUUUUGUCUUGUAGACUCAGGAAUUGUGGAUUGACCGUUUAAUUAACUGAAUAAAAGCCCAAAUAUACAGAUUAAAUCACAGUAGUUAGCACUAUGUAUGAAAGCAAAUUAAAGGAAAACACUCGGCUAAGCACUCUAUUGUAAUUUUGAAUGCUUUCAAUGAUUUCUUUUUGUAAUAUAACUGGUUUUUCAAAUAUAAGCUGAACACUGAAGGGAAAAGUCCUACGUGUUUUAAAAGCAUUUCAUUAUUUUCUAAUGGUUUCAAGGUCUUGAGCUCACAUUGAGGAUGAAGUUUGGCUUCCUGCUUGUCUUGAUGACUGUGGAUUUCUAAAUAAACCACAUAUCAGUAUUGA